CCCUCCCCUCCCCUCCCCAUAAUAAUUUUGGUUUUUUUCAAUGCACUCAUUCAGUUUCAAUCGUAACUCAGCUUGUAUCUGAUCGACGCACUUCUUUGGAACUUGUGGGCAAUUGAUAUUUUGGUAAUGUCAUUGGGAAAUAUGGAGGUGUUUGGGGAAGAAGACCUGAGUUCAUUAUUUUAUGGCAGUGGCUAUAAUGAGAGUCAUUACACUGGUGACACCAGUGACAACACUUGCUGUGCAGGUUUAGUGUGCACACAGGGGGAAAGCAUGAAGUUUCAGGCAGUGUUCAUCCCGAUUCUGUACUCCCUGGCGCUGGUGGUUGGCCUGCUGGGGAACGGGCUGGUCCUGGGAGUUCUGUUCCAGCUGCGGCGGAUCUGGAGCGUGACCGACACCUUCAUCCUGCACCUGGCCGUGGCCGACAUUCUGCUGCUGCUCACUCUGCCCUUCUGGGCUGUGGAGGCCACUCAGGGCUGGAUCUUUGGCACCGAGCUCUGCAAGCUGAUGGGAGCCCUCUUCAAGAUAAACUUCUACAGCGGGAUCUUCCUGCUGGCCUGCAUCAGUCUGGAUCGCUACCUGUCCAUUGUGCACGCUGUACAAAUGUACUCUCGCCGCAAGCCCUGGGCAGUGCAGGCCAGCUGCCUGUUCGUCUGGCUGUUCUGCCUCCUGCUCUCCAUCCCCGACUGGGUCUUUCUGGAGUCCGUACAGGAUCCAAGAAGGGGAUUUAAGACAGAGUGCACCCACAACUACCUGCGCUUCAGCGUCAGUGCCCAGGGCUGGCGCUUGGCCUCUCGUCUGCUCUACCACAUCGUCGGCUUCCUCCUGCCCUCGGUGGUCAUGGUCUUCUGCUACUCCUGCAUCCUGCUGCGGCUUCGGGGCGGCUCCCAGGGGCCGCAGAAGCAGAAGGCCAUCAGGGUGAUCCUGGUGCUGGUAGUGGCCUUCUUCAUCAGCUGGACGCCAUACAACAUCACCAUGUUGGUGGACACCAUCCAGUCCAACCGGACGAGCAACAACCAAACGUGCUUGAGUGUGACGGCUCUGGACGUGUCCCUGACAGUCACGUCGACCCUCGGCUACUUUCACUGCUGCCUGAACCCCGUGCUGUAUGCUUUCGUGGGCGUUAAAUUCCGGCGCCACCUGGUGGACAUGCUGAACACCUUGGGCUGCAAGAUGAAGGGUCACGUCAGGCCAAUGGCGCGAAAGACCUCGAUGUGGUCAGAGUCUGGAGACACCUCAUACACCUCAGGCUUCUAAGGCGCUGGUGUUCCUCUCUUUUGAACUUCAAUGUUCUUUAUGGAAUCAUGUGACUUGGCAUGACUGUAUAUAAGCCAGCUAAAGAGAAAGGAGACUCCCAGAAAAAAAAGACAAAACAGAGUAGAGAAGAAUUGUAGGCUGUAUGCUUAAAAAGGAGCAUAAGAUUGCUAGCCAGGCCAUUUUCUUGAGCUCUUUCAUUCAUUAAGCUGGAUAUGGUGUUCAGGAGUGAAUUAAAGGGGGACAAAUACAGCAUGUUUCUUUAUUUUACAAAAUAUAAAACAAAUGAUCAUAGACUCAAAAUACACCCAGAACAGAGGUGAGUUGUGUUGAUAAUUGAAAUUUGUACUUGAAUAAAAAUAAGGUUUUUUUCAAUGCAUUUGAUUCUGACAUAGGUUAGUUUUUUUAUCCCUCCAUUUAUAUCCAAACACAUGCCCUACAACUAGGCACAGUAACAAUCUAUUUUUGGUUUGGUUGUAUGGGAGGACUAUUGUGCUUGGUUUUGAUUUGUGACUCCGCCCACUAUCACACUGAGGCAUGCUGGGAGUUCUGCCUUCUCAAAAAUAUGAACAGAACGUUCUCAUGGUAGCCACAUUCAGAACCUGCCAUUAUCUCUCUAUUUCUUUGCGGUGCCUCAAGCUAUGCCAGGUAUGUUCAAGCUGAGAUAUCAGCUCUGUACACUUCUUCUCAGUUAGCUAACAAAGAAAGAAAAUGUUCACAGAUGGUGUUUUUUAAAUGCUACAGAAUAUAAUUUCAGGCAAGCAAAUGGUGCAUAUUUCACCAUUAUAAAUUGCAACUUCUUGACUUCCUGCACAGUGGGUAACAGUGCACAACUUUCCUCUCAGUUUACAUGCGCAUACACAUGUACAGUAAAAUAUGAAAAUGUAGAUUCUAUUAGUGCUUUGGGUGUGACUAUCAGUGCUUUGAUCUCUGGUUGCCAGUGACUGUAAUUCCAAAAAUAUGAAUUGGGGGUAAUACCUUAACCAUUAGAAAUCAUGUACAACUGGAGUCAAAAUUCCACAUACUUACCAAAGUUAUAAAUGUCUAGGUUUGAGGAAACAAGGCAUUUGGAGGCAUUCACACAGUAGUGGAGGAAACUGACAUUAUUUGACAUGCUUUGUUGGGAUGCUGAUGAUAUUCUACAGCUCUUCGGUGACUGCUAUAAACCAUUUGGUAAUAUUUCAUAUUUCUCUAGUGAUUGAAAGAUUAUUAUAUAGAAAGUGUUAUUAUGUUUGUUUUGGUUUUUCUGUGGAGCAUUAUAUCACUUUUACAGUAAAUACAUUUUUACAUUUGUUUUUUUAUAUUAUUUGUUUUUCAUUUACAAUUGUAUUUUCAAAACCACUGACCUAGUACAAUGCAGUACCAGAUGUGAAUGGAUGUUUUAAAGUGCAUUUUUUAUAUAUUCUAAAAGAAUAAAAUCAAUUUUCUUGUCA